AUGUCGGACCGGAGCGCCCCGGGCUGCCGCCUCAGACUGGACUGGGUCUACGGGUACCGGGGUCACCAGUGCCGGAAUAACCUGUACUACACGGCGGGGAAGGAGGUGGUGUACUUCGUGGCCGGAGUUGGAGUCGUUUACAACACCAGAGAGCACAGCCAAAGGUUCUACCUGGGACACAAUGACGACAUCAUCAGCCUGGCGCUGCACCCGGAGCGCUCCCUGGUGGCGACGGGUCAGGUGGGGAAGGAGCCGUAUGUGUGUGUGUGGGACGCCUUCACCAUCCAGACUGUCUCACUGCUGCGAGACGGACACACACACGGCAUCGCCUGCCUUGCAUUCAGUGCUGAUGGACAGCGGCUGGCCUCGGUCGGCCUGGAUGCCAAGAACACGGUGUGUAUCUGGGAGUGGAAGCGAGGGAAGAUCCUGGCCACAGCCACUGGACACUCCGACAGGAUCUUUGAUAUCUGCUGGGAUCCAUUUCAGCAAAGCCGUCUGGUGAGCUGCGGAGUGAAACACAUCAAGUUCUGGUCGCUGUGUGGAAACGCUCUCACGCCAAAGCGGGGGAUUUUCGGGAAGACGGGCGACCUGCAGACCAUCUUGUGUGUGGCCUCCGCUAAAGAUGACAUCACAUAUUCUGGGGCGCUUAACGGAGACAUUUACGUCUGGAAGGGACUCAACCUGAUACGAACGGUUCAGUCUGCCCACAGCGCUGGUAUCUUCAGCAUGUAUUCCUGUGAGGAGGGUUUUGCCACAGGUGGCAGAGACGGCUGCAUCCGACUGUGGGACGUCGACUUCAAACCCAUCACCAAGAUCGACCUGCGAGAGGCCGAGCAAGGAUACAAAGGUCUGUCUAUUCGCAGCGUCUGCUGGCGGGCCGACCGGAUCCUAGCAGGGACGCAGGACAGCGAGAUCUUUGAGGUGAUGGUGAGGGACCGGGACAAACCGCUGCUCAUCAUGCAGGGACACAGCGAGGGCGAGCUCUGGGCGCUCGACGUUCACCCCAAAAAACCUCUGGCUGUCACCGGCAGUGAUGACCGCUCAGUCAGGUUGUGGAGUCUGGUGGAUCACGCCCUCAUCGCUCGCUGUAACAUGGAGGAGGCAGUGCGGAGUGUGGCGUUCAGCGUGGACGGAUCUCAGCUGGCUCUGGGCAUGAAGGAUGGAUCCUUCACUGUGCUGAGAGUCAGAGACAUGACCGAGGUCGUUCACAUCAAAGACAGGAAGGAGGUGAUCCAUGAGUUGAAGUUCUCACCAGAUGGAGCGUACCUCGCUGUCGGCUCCAACGAUGGGCUGGUGGACAUCUACGCUGUUGCCCAGAGAUACAAGAAGGUUGGAGAAUGCAGUCAGUCCUCUAGUUUUAUCACUCACCUGGACUGGACUCUGGACAGCAAGAUCCUGCAGACCAAUGACGGCGCUGGAGAACGCUUCUUCUACCGAAUGCCCCUGGGGAAGCCAGUCAGUAAGGAGGAGGUCAAAGGUCAGCGCUGGGCCUCCUGGAGCGGCGUCCUGGGCUCAGAGGUCAGCGGCAUCUGGCCUAAAUACGCCGGUCAAACUGAGAUCAAUGCCGUGGACGCCAACCCCUCCGCCGCCGUGCUCGUCACCGGCGAUGACCUCGGUCUCGUGAAGCUCUUCCGCUUCCCCUGCCCGAGGAAAGGAGCCAAAUUUAAGAAGUACAUCGGCCACUCGGCCCACGUCACCAACGUACGCUGGUCACAUGACCUGCAGUGGGUGCUGACCACAGGUGGGGCCGACCACGCCCUCUUCCAGUGGAGGUUUCUACCCGAGUCGGUGAUGAACGGAGGCCUGGAUGCCAACGUCCAAGACGGCCACGGGGACUCCAACAGCGAGGAGUCGGACAGCGACGUGUCUGACGUCCCGGAGCUCGACUCCGACAUCGAGCAGGAGACUCAGAUCCACUACGACAGACAGGUGUAUAAGGAGGACCUGCCUCAGCUGCGACAGCAGAGCAGGGAGAAGAAGCAGCAGGUCGGCUCUCUGAAGAGGCAGAGAGGACCAGACCAAGGCCUCCGACUGCAGUUUGUUCACGGUUACCGUGGAUACGACUGCAGGAACAACCUGUUUUACACGCAGGGCGGGGAGGUGCUGUACCACGUGGCUGCGGUGGGCGUGGUCUACAACCGUCAGCUGCACAGCCAGCGCUUCUACCUGGGCCACGAUGACGACAUCCUGAGCCUCAGCAUCCACCCGCUGAAGGACUACGCCGCCACCGGGCAGGUGGGGAGGGACCCGGCCGUCCACGUGUGGGACAUCCAGACUCUGAAGUGUCUCUCGUUGCUGAAAGGGUUUCAUCAGAGAGGAGUGUGCACGCUGGACUUCUCAGCUGAUGGAAAGAGUCUGGUGUCGGUGGGAGUCGAUGAUGGACAUUCAAUCGUCGUCUGGGACUGGAAGAGAGGAGAGAAGCUCGCCGCUGCCCGGGGUCAUAAGGAGAAGAUAUUUGUGGUGAAGUGCAACCCCAUGCUCAUGGACAAACUGGUCACUGUGGGAAUCAAACACAUCAAGUUCUGGCAGCUUGCAGGUGGCGGUUUGACCGCCAAGCGUGGCGCGUUCAGGAGCCUCGGCCGGCCGGAGACCAUGAUGUCGGUGUGUUACGGCCGCAGCGAGGCGCUGGUGUUCUCCGGUGCCGCCACGGGAGACGUUUACAUCUGGAAGGAGCCGCUGCUGCUGAAGACAGUGAAGGCCCACGACGGGCCGGUGUUCGCCAUGUUCUCCCUGGACAAGGGCUUCGUGACGGGUGGGAAGGACGGCGUGGUGGAGCUGUGGGCCGACAUGUUUGACCGCUGCUUGAAAACCUACGCCAUCAAGAGAGCAGCACUGUCCCCGGGCUCGAAAGGUCUGCUGCUGGAGGACAACCCGUCCAUCAGGGCCAUCACCCUGGGUCAUGGUCACAUCCUGGUGGGAACAAAAAAUGGAGAAGUUCUGGAGAUUGACAAGACCGGACCCAUGACCCUGCUGGUGCAGGGUCACAUGGAGGGCGAGGUUUGGGGUCUGGCCCCCCACCCCCUCCUCCCCGUCUGCGCCACCGUCAGUGAUGACAGAACCCUGCGACUGUGGGAGACGUCAGCCAAUCACCGCAUGGUGGCCGUCCGCAAGCUGAAGAGAGGCGGUCGCUGCUGCGCCUUCUCUCCUGAUGGGAAAGCGUUGGCAGUCGGUCUGAGCGAUGGAGGCGUGCUUGUGGUGAACGCAGACACACUGGAGGAUCUGCUGAGCUUCCACCAUCGGCGUGACGCCAUUUCUGACAUUCGCUUCGCCCCAGACUCAGGUAAAUACCUGGCGGUGGCGUCACAUGACAGCUUCGUGGACAUCUACAACGUGCUGAGCAGCAAGAGAGUCGGCAUCUGUAAAGGAGCGUCCAGUUACAUCACGCACAUCGACUGGGACGCCCGAGGUAAACUGCUGCAGGUGAACACAGGAGCCAAAGAGCAGCUUUUCUUCGAAGCCCCGCGAGGAAAAAGACAAACCAUCAGAAACUCGGAGCUGGAGCGAAUCGAGUGGGCUACCUGGACGUUGGUUCUGGGCUCCACCUGUGAGGGAAUCUGGCCGACGCACAGCGGCAUCACCGACAUCAACGCCACGUCGCUCACCAGGGACCAAACGCUGCUCGCCACCGGGGAUGAUUUCGGCUUCCUCAAACUGUUCAGCUACCCCGUCAGAGGGCAGUACGCUCGUUUUAAGCGUUACGUGGGCCACAGCGCACAGGUGACCAAUGUCCGCUGGGCUCAGGAUGACGCCACGCUGCUGACGGUGGGCGGGGCCGAUACCGCCCUGAUGAUCUGGGUGAGGGAGCGAGGAGGCGGGGUCAGCAUGGAGGGGGACGGGCCUUUGUUUCGUGACAACCGGCCACUCGUAGACAGCGAGGAGUCAGAUGAUGACAUCGAGGAGGACGGAGGCUACGACAGCGAUGUCGCCCGGGAGAAGACGGUAGACUACAUCACUAAGAUGUACGCCGUCAGCAUCAGAGAGAUGAGAGGAACCAAACCUCACCAACAGCUGAAGGAGCUCUCUGCUGAGGAGAGGCCGCCAGUGAGCCGAGCAGCGCCGCAGCCUGAGAAACUGCAGAAGAACAACGUGUCCAAGAAGAAGAGGCUGGUCGAAGACCUGAUUCUGGAUCACGUGUUUGGUUUUCGCGGCUUCGAUUGUCGUAACAACCUGCAUUACCUCAACGACGGCGCCGAGAUCGUAUAUCACACUGCCGCCACCGCCAUCGUCCACAGUCUGAGCACCGGAACUCAGAGCUUCUACCUGGAACACACAGAUGACAUCCUCUGUCUGACCGUCAACCAGCACCCGAAAUUCAAAAACAUCAUCGCCACCGGGCAGAUCGGCACGACCCCUUCGAUCCACGUGUGGGACGCGAUGGGCAAACAGACUCUGUCCAUUCUGCGCUGUCCGCACACCAAAGGCGUCGGCUACGUGAACUUCAGCGCCACGGGAAAGCUGCUGCUGUCUGUGGGAGUGGAACCCGAACACACCAUCACCGUGUGGCGCUGGCAGGAAGGGGCCCGAGUGUGCAGCAAAGCCGGACAUCCCGACCGGAUCUUCGUGGUGGAGUUUCGGCCCGACUCGGACUCUCAGUUUGUGUCGGUGGGAAUCAAACACGUGAAGUUCUGGACGCUGGCCGGCGGCGCGCUGAUGUACAAGAAGGGCGUGGUGGGGACGCUGGAGGACGGCAGGAUGCAGACGAUGCUGUCUGUCGCCUUCGGUGCUAAUAACUUGACGUUCACGGGAGCCAUUAACGGGGACGUGUACGUGUGGCGAGAUCACUACCUGCUGAGGGUGGUGGCGAAGGCUCACACGGGGCCGGUCUUCACCAUGUACACCACGCUGAGAGACGGGCUCAUCGUCACCGGCGGAAAGGAGAGACCGACGAAGGAGGGCGGUGCGGUGAAGCUCUGGGAUCAGGAGAUGAAACGAUGGCGAGCCUUCCAGCUGGAGACCGGGCAGCAGGUGGAGUGCGUCCGGUCCGUCUGCAGAGGCAAGGGCAAGAUCCUGGUGGGGACGAAAGACGGCGAGAUCAUCGAGGUCGGGGAGAAGAACGCGGCGUCCAACCUGCUGCUGGACAGUCACGCUCGGGGGGGAAUCUGGGGUCUGAGCGCUCAUCCUGCCAAAGAGCUCUGCAUCACGGCCAGCGACGACACCACCAUCCGGCUGUGGGACCUCGCCGACAAGAAACUGUUGAACAAAGUGUGCGUCGGCCACCCUGCCCGCUGCGUGAGCUACAGCGCCGACGGAGAGAUGCUGGCAGUGGGGAUGAAGAAUGGCGAGUUCCUCGUCCUCCUCUCAAACGCGCUGAAGAUGUGGGCGAAGAAAAGAGACCGCAGCGCCGCCAUCCAGGACAUCCGCUUCAGUCCGGACCGGCGGUUGUUGGCGGUCGGCUCCGUGGAGAACACGGUGGACGUUUACGACAUGAGCGGAGGACCGACUCUGAACCGGCUGGUUUACUGCAGCGACAUCCCAGCUUUCAUCCUGCAGCUCGACUUCUCUGCUGACAGCUGCUACAUACAGGUCUCCACAGGAGCUUAUAGGCGGCAGGUGUUUGAGGUUCCUUCAGGGAAGCUGGUGAGCGAUCCGAUCGCCAUCGACAGAAUCACCUGGGCAACAUGGACCAGCAUCCUGGGAGACGAAGUUUUGGGGAUUUGGCCUCGAAAUGCCGACAAAGCUGACGUGAACUGUGCGUGUGUGUCUCACGGCGGCCUGAACAUCGUCACCGGCGACGACUUCGGAUUGGUCAAACUGUUCGACUUCCCCUGCACAGAGAAGUUUGCCAAACACAAGCGCUACCUCGGCCACUCGCCUCAUGUGACCAACAUCCGCUUCUCCCACGACGACAAAUACGUGAUCAGCACAGGAGGAGACGACUGCAGCGUGUUUGUGUGGAAAUGUCUGUAACCACUCGGAUCCAAAGCGCCUUAAACGACCACAAGUGGAUCCAGAGGGAGUCGAACCCACAACCCCGAACCUCCCGUGCCACAGUGAAUCAGACGGCGACUCCGUGGCGGAUGGACGUAUGAACACCAACACGAAGCCUCGGGAGGACCUGAGGAUUCUUUCAGCUGUUUACAUGUUUGCUGUUUUUUGGUCACGUGGUGAAAAAUAAGUUUAAAUUUGUAGGAACAGAUCAAUAAAGUGAGGGAGCCGCACUGGAAGAUUCACGGCCGUAAACCAAUCAGACGCCGCCGACAGUAAAACCCCGUGAAGCUCAGAUCCUCCCUCACUUUGUUUGACCAAUCACUCAGAUUUGCGUGGCAGUGUGACCCCUGCAGGGCUCAGUAGGAACUGCAGCCGAGCAUCCUGAUGGAUCACAUGACCCCAAACAAACCCUGAAGUGACCCAGAAGAUUCAUCAGCUGGUAUCUGACCAAAAUCCACAAGCAGACUUUUCUGAAAACAAAACCGUCACGCCGCCGGGACGGCCGCCGCUGCCCAUAAGGCCUCGCGUUGGGCCGUCGCUGCGGUGGAGACGCGUUAGGCUGCUUCCUGUUUGAACAUCUGUGACAUUCCAGUCAAAUUAAAGCUGCUAUUUCCACAAAACUGAGCAGAAAUCAGAAUUUAAGGCUCCUCCAAAUCACCUGCCAGUAAAAAUAAUUCAAAUGGCUUCAAGUGAAUUUUAACCUGCAGGAAAUAAACCAAAGAUACGGAGGCUCACAGGUGCCACGAGGCGAUUGGUUUUUUUAAUCUUCUGCACACAGGAAUAACAGUGUGGUGAGAAGGAGCAAUAAUCUCGUUCUUUAAUGCCUUCAGAUAAUCAGGUUUUAUUUUGUCAAUAAAGCUUUCAAUUACAAAUUCAUAUGCAGCUCCACAAACUUCCCAAAAAAUAUAAAAAGAGGCAUUAAAGUCAAAUUAGGUCAAACUAAACCAAAUAAAUAAAAUCCACUGCAAAGCACCUGCUGAUGGACUGAAACAUGAACCAAAAUGAGACAUCCCAACAAAACACACAAAUACUGAACUCUUAGUAUUUGCUGUUUUUCUCAAAUUCAGAAAUAAAAAUACAAUUAAAAAAAAUAUGAAUUAAAAGAGAUGAAUUACAUUGUGGAAUACACUGAAUGUUUUUCCUCGUGUUACGACUUCGUUACUUUAUCAGGUUUUGGAUUCUUUUCUUUUUUAAAUGUAACAAAAGAAAAAAAUUAAUUUGCACACAAUUUUUUUUCAUACGGAAAGAAAAAAAAUUACAUGUGAAUUAUAUCAUGCAAGGAGGCACCUCUGAUAUUUGGCUAUGCAAAAUAAACAAAAUAAUGACCAUAUUCUAUUUAUAAACUUUAAUAUUUUUAAAUGUAUAACUAUUUUUUCUUUAUUUUGCAUGUUCAUUAUCAGAUUUUUAUUUUUUAUAUUUGUGUUUGAGAGAAAAGACAAUCUAAAAAAGUCAAUAAAAUCCAAAAACUACAUCAAAUAAAACACAAAUAUUCAAAUAUUUGACUGAAAUUGUGCAAAUAAAGAAAUCAGAGGUGUAACAGGUGGUAAAUAAUUCAGUUCAUUACCUGCAGGGGGCGUCUGGAGCAAACGAAACGCCUGAAAACAGAGGGGUCAAAGGUCAUCCUGGUGACUCUGGUUUCUGUUUGUUUUUGAUGAAAUCAGCAUGUAAUUAUGUGUUAUUAAAAUGAGCCGUUAACGAGGCUGUGUUGAAAAAAAAAAAAAAGAUGCAGUUUCAUAUUUACAGAAACUUUGUGAAGUUUGAAGAAAAAAAAAAACAAACUUUGGGUCACGUUUGAUUUCAGAGCCUUCACUGCAUCUGUCGGUGGACAUCAUCACACUUAAGUGCCUUUCUGGAUCUUUCUACCUGUGUUUGUUUCUGUUGGGGGGGGUUCAUAUGCUGUAUUUAUUUAUUUUUAAUCCAUAAUUGAACUUCUGUUUUAUUUUUUUGUACUCUGUCUGGUGCUACACUGAGAAUGUUCAUCCAAAAUGGACGUUUAAAAAAAAAAAAAAGCGUUUUGCUUUGCUGCUGCUUUUUGUUUUAAAGAUGUGAAACAUCCAAAGCAUCGUGAUCGUACCGCCGCGCAGGAAAAACGAAGAGUCGUGGAGACCGAGCUGAGGAGGGGACGCGUCUCUGUGGCCCAUUAUUAACUUUAACUGUUGUGAAAAGUGUCAAAGAGUCUGUGUGUGUGUAACGAUGAAUAGAAGAAAAACCGU